AUGCUUUCCAAGAUCUCUUUGGCAGCUCUCACGGGCUUCCUGCUCUCUCCCGUGGCAGCAGGGCCAGUCAACGGCAACGACUACUCUCCUGCCAGCAAGAGAAGUCCUCUGGGGAUCAGUCUGCCCCCUCUGAUUCCUUCUAUCCCGGGAGUCACCGAGCCUCUGGCCUCCAAUGCCCCUCCUCUCCCCAUUCUUCAAAUCCCAACGCCUCCUCUCGAGAGUCCUCCUUUCACCGGCGCCAACAUCAAGCCAAAGAAGAUUGGCUACUUCUGGACUGGAGCUGGUGACAACAUCCAUAAGGACUUCUUGGUCACUGCCAGUUUGGACGAUGACACUUUCGGUCAAAUUAUUGCUCUCACCGAUGUGCCCACGAGCGGAAACUCUCCUCACCACCUGGGUAGCUCUCUUGAUGGCAAGACACUCAUUGGAGGCGGUUUACUGUCUCUGCUUAAGACUCAGGACACGGCCUUCUACUUUGAUGUCUCUAAUCCCUACUCUCCCAAGUUCAAGAAGUCUAACCGAGCUCUACUGAGUUCCAUCGUCGACGAAAUCCGCGCCAAGCCAGAGGGUGGAUUCUUCAUCACGUACAUGGGCAGUGCUGUUGGAACGUCUCCCGGCCGUCUGGUCGAGACCAACGCAGAGGGUGAUAUUAUCCAUGAAUGGCCAGAGGAUGUCGCUGGAACACUCAACAUUCUCGGCGAGCAGUUUAGUCCCCAUGGUCUGGCUGUGGAUUUCAACAAGGGAAUUAUCUUGACUUCGGACUUCGUCGUGCCUAUCACAAUUCUCAAGCCGACGUUGGGAAUCCAGAAAGCAAGCACCCUGCGCCUGUGGAACUUGUCCGACAGAACAAUCAUCUCGACCAUUACGAUCCCUGCCGGCUUGGGCAUUCAAGAUGUUAAGUUCAUCCCCGGCAACCCUGAGAGCGCUGCUAUUGCCACCGCUGUUGGCCCAGGCCAAGUCUGGAUCAUCUACCCAUUCCGCCGCGAUUCGUCUGGGAAGCAAGGCGUUGCUGAGCUGCUCUUCGACCUGGGCUCCAAAGCCAAGGACUCGUUGGCUAUCUACUCCGACAUUACCGACGACGGCAAAUUCGCAUACUUCACCAUCACUCUGGGCAACCACGUUGCAGCACUCGACAUCUCCGACCUGAACAACGUCAAGAGACUGGAUGACCCCAACGAGACGCAGCCAAUCAUUGGACCUCACUACGUCAAGAUCAGCCCGGAUAAGAAGAACCUGCUUGUCACUGGAUACUUCGUGCAGGGUGGUGAUAUUUCCAUUGUCAACACACCUGGAGAUUACAAGGGUCAUUGGCUCGACAUUCUCCCCGACGGAAGCCUCAGCUUCAACAGAUCAAUCGACUUUGAGAGCAUCUUCACCCGCGACCGUGGCGGUGCUCGACCUCACUCGUCGGUCAUCUUCGAUUUGACCGACCCCAAGAACCCCAAGUAUUACUAG